UGUAUAUGUGGCUAAUCAGCACGUUUGUUUAUGAGUAUGUCGUUUACUUGUUCAGAUAAUUGGAACUCAGUUAUUGAUAGUAAUCAGCUCUUUGCGUUUCAUAAAUUGAGGUCAUAUUGCAUAUGGAGUAUCCUAUUGCCUGUGAAUUGACGACGGCUUAAAGGGUCCUAUCAAGAUCUUGAAGAAAAUCAGUUACUUUCAUAUUUUUCAAGUUAGAAUUGUGAAAAAGGACAAAAUGGUUUCAUCAGUUGUAACAAAUGGAGAUGCAGAAGGCAUCAAUAGCUCUGUGCUGGAGCUACAAGACGAUCACCAUCCGCAGCUCACACUUGCUGCUCUUAACAUGAUGAGGAAGAACAGGCAUUUUUGUGAUGUUGUGUUACACGUUGGCAGUACAGAAGUACAUGGGCACAGAGCUGUACUGGCGGCUGCAUCCCCUUACUUGUUCGAACUCUUCAGUGCGGAUGGACCUGGGAACAACGAGCAGAGAGUAACCUACAAACUGAAUGAAGGAUUCGAUAAGACUGCUUUACAGAAAUUGGUCGAUUAUGCCUACACCUCAAAACUGGAAGUAUUACCAUCGCAAGUCAAGAAUGUCUACUUGGCAGCAUGGCAUUUACGAAUGGAACGAGUCGCCUCGCAAUGCGCAGCUCACCUUCUGGAUUCCCUGACUCCUGGUUCUUGUCUUGACGUCCGUGCAUUACCUGGUAUUACACAAAAUGAAAACUUCGUUAAACAAGUCGAUGCUUACAUUAGAGAUCAUUUUCAAGAUGUAUGCAGUAGUCCUUCCUUAUCGUCACUGCCAUGUAUAAGGAUUGAAGUAUUACAUCAGACUCUUCAGGAAAUGUCACUAGUAAAUGGUAGCAGCCUUUGCCACUUGGUUCUGGAUUGGGUGAAAAGAUCUCUCACAGAUUCAUCCAAUUUUACUGUCGAUCAUCUGACGGAAAAGACGUAUCUGCUUUAUCUGGCGUUGGACAAUAGCUUACAGGAUUGUACAGAUCUGCCGUCUGGUGACGUAAGCGACACAGAUAUCGUACAGGAUUACAAGAAGAUGUCCUUGAAGACACAGGCUCAGAAUAAAGGACGCAGGAAGGGAACGAUGCAACCAGCAAAGCCCAGGGUACUGAUUUACUCCAGAGACAUCGGUGAACGUAUUGAACAGGAGCUUGAGCCUGAUUGGAAUAUGAUUGGCGCUAAUAAAGUUGGUGAACAUACUUUCCUAGCCAUCGUUACAUUAGACGGUAAACUAGCUACGCUCUCCGUGCAACUAAGAUUAAAUAUUCCUUCUUCACCAUCGGCUCAAGCGACCUGUGAAGCCACCACAACUAAUAAUACUUUAACAACUGAACCCGAAUUGUAUUGUGCUCUGCCUACAAUGAGAGCUGGAAAGUGUGCCGUUGGCUGUGCCAAUCUGAAUGGUACACUUCUUGUUUGCGGUGGUUACGAUCGAGUCGAAUGCCUCAAGUCAGUUGAUCAGUAUUUGCCGGAAACAAAUACCUGGCAGGUUCUUUCUGCUAUGAGGGAAGCCAGAGGAAGAUUUGGUAUCGCAGUAGUGAAUGGAAAGGUCUACGCUAUCGGUGGAUCGAAUGGAUCCACUGAACUUGAUACUGUAGAAGUCCUAAAUCCUGAAGCUGGCUGGAAAUGGUCUGCUAUAGCUAACUUACCUUUAGCCAGAUCUAAUUCUGGAGUAUGUGCUCUAGGAAAGAAUAUUUACUGUAUUGGCGGAUGGAACGGCCAGGCUGGUAUCAAACAAUGCGAUAUCUUCGAUCCGGAAACAGGCGAAUGGUCCAGUAUCGAAUCUCUAAAAACAGGUCGCUAUCAAGCAGGCGUCUGCGCCUAUGAAGACCGUGUUUAUGCUGUGGGUGGUUGCGAUGCCUGGAACUGUUUAAAUUCCGUCGAGAUUUAUGAACCUGCCACAAAUACCUGGACCGUUGGACCACCAUUGAUAACGGCACGUCGUGGCUGCGGAUUAGCUGCUUUUCGUGGAAAACUUUACGCCGUGGGUGGUUCUUCCGGUACACACAGUCUUACUACCACUGAGGUAUAUGAUCCUGUAGAGCAGGUUUGGGUACCUGGACCAAGCAUGGCGACUCCUCGUGCCAAUGUUGCUGUCGCUGUCGUUGGGGAUCGGCUCUAUGCAGUCGGGGGUUUCUCUGGUAAAAACUUCCUGAAUUCUAUUGAAUAUCUUGAUGCCAAUAGUAAUGAAUGGACUACAUUCGUUCCUAAAACUGACGGAAUAAAAACUCCGGCAGCUUCUUUACAAAGCAGUGUUUCUGAUCCGAAUAUAAUUGCCAAUGAUAAGGAAGUUAACAGUACGAAUGACAUUGGUAGGUCUAUUGUGUCUGGUACUGUAAGCAUUAACGAUCAAAGCAAUCCUUUGAAUGACACUGAUAUAAAAACCAAGAAUGGGACUGAUGUACCUAAAGAGAAUGGAAAUAAUUUACCUAUCGAUAAUUCCAAAACGUAUACAAAUUCCAUAUCGCAUAAUGACUCCAUUGGCAAGACUGGCUCACAGACAAAUGGCACCAAAACUUUGGACUUGAAUUUUGUUUUGAUUAAUGGUGACGAUAAGGCUUUACCAAGUAAUAUGAAUCGACCUGAGCAAACUCGUAGUAUAGACGAGGAACUUGAUCGGAAGCAAAGGUCCGACGCCGCCACAAAUGGAGGAUCUCAACAAGUAUAAAGUAUAAUGGUAAUUGCGAUAAUUGAAAAUAUUCAUUGACGAACAUAUGUUUUGUCGUUCAUUCUUAAUCCAUCGAGUCUAAUCAUGCAAGACAAGCGCGUACAUGAAGUACAUACAGUAAAUAUUAUAGCAUACAGUGUACAACGUGAAAUGAACAUUAAGAUUUUUUAUAUAUGAAUUCUAAAAGUAAUUGAUACAAAGUUAUUGAGAAACUCUCAUAACAUGUAAAACUAUCCGUACACAUAUAACAACAUUUCACAGACUCGCUGAACACCUUUCAUUGACUUUUGAAGGGUGCAAAUGACUAAAAAAAUAUUGGGUCCACGAAUGUUAACUCUCACUGUGACUUACUACUGCUACUGUUACUGCUACUACUACUACUACUACUAUUAUUAUUAUUAUUAUUACUACUACUACUUUUACUUACAGAACAGCAUUUAUGAACAACUAAACUGAACAAUUUGCAUAAUCAACAGCAAUAACAAAACAUCUUAAAUCUUUGAAGACACUGAGAAAACUGUUUUAAACGACUAUAAAUAUAUAUACGUUAAAUGCAUUGAAUGUCUAAAAAGAUAUAUCUAAAAAAAACGAAAAGUAAACAUUUGCAUUUAUCGAUUCAUUUUAAUGAAACAUAAUCAUAAACAUUCUUAGUGGGGACAUUAAAAAAAAUGCUUUAGAGGUUAAAAGCAAGAGGAAAUAUACAAAUUUUAAAGAGGCAAUAUAUUUUUGAAAUGAAGCACAUCGUACAUUUAUAAUGUUCUGUGAGCUACCUUUUUUUACGGUUACACAACUUCAAGCUAUUGUUACAUUGGGACACGAAAUAUUAUAUAAUAGAUAGUGAGGAGCACGCUUUCGAGCCUGAUCCCGGAAACAAUAAAAGUUAUAUUUAAAAAAAAUGACAAUUUCAAAAGCAUAAUACGUACGAGAUUUCUCGCUGUAACUUUUGUUACUUAAAUCCGUGGCUGUCACUGGAUGUUACUGUAUGCAAUGUUAAAAUCCGUCGUAAUAGUUAUAUCAACAACGUUAUUCAAUGCGAUUAACUUUGAACGGUUUCCAUCUGAAUGUGAACGUAGCGAUUGUCAAUAUGGAACACAAAGUUACUUUUUUGUGGUAUCCUUUUUUUUGAUCCCUGCGAAUCUCCGUUAAAAAAUGAGAUUUCUAUUCCGAUAAAUUUUCGGCAGGCACUAUCCUCCCCCGUCCAUUCACCGUUUCUCUUCCUUCGCCUGUUCGAUUAUUAUUAGAUUUAAGUUAAUUGUGUAAGUAAUUUAAAUGGGAAUUUAGCGAUGAUGAACGAGUAGAUUAUAUACAUAAAUAUGCUCAUAGAUUUGGGUGUAAAAUUGUACCUAAUGUAUUGGAUAUUAUUUCCCCAUGUAAAUUAAUGCUAUUAAAGUGAAAAUGAUCAUUCGUUAUUGUAAAGAUUUCUUUGCAA